AGUUGCAAACAUGUACAAGUGAGCCAAAUAGAAGAGCUAUUGCUCAGCAAGAAAGAAGAGAACGCAAGAGAGUCGGGAAUACAGUAAAUCAAAAAGCGGUUUCUCAACAGGAAAGAAGAAGGCGCGAAAGAAUAGAAAAUACAAUAGAUCGUAGGUCUAUUGCACAACAAUCAAGGAGAGAACUUGAGCGAGUGAAAAGAGCACAUACUAUACCAGACAAUGAAAUAUUUGCACAAUUUCAACUGCAAAAUAUACGACAUGAUCUCGGUCAUAUGGAUACAGCGUGUAUUCAUUGCGGUGCACUCCAUUGGUUAGAUGAGCGUAUUGUAAACUCUUCAAAAACUAACCCAAAAUUUGGGUCAUGUUGCAGGCAUGGAAAAGUUAUUCUUCCUCUUCUCCAUGAUCCACCUCUUCUUUUGCGGCAGCUUUUUGAGAGUCAAGAUAAGCAAUGUAAGGAAUUUCGUGCAAACAUAUGCCAAUACAAUGCAGCACAUGCGUUUACUUCGCUAGGAGUAAAUAUUGAUCAAACUAUUCUUAAUGGGCGUUCUCCGUAUAGCUUUCGUAUUCAUAGUGAACUGCGCCACCAUUCAGGUUCACUCCUUCCAGAGUCUAGCUUGAAUGCAAAUUAUGCGCAACUUUAUAUUUAUGAUCCAGAUAUUGCACAUCAAAUAAGGAUGGGACGAAACAAGAAUUUACAUACUCAAACAAUGUGGGAAUUACAAGAAAUUCUUCGGGAACAUCAUGCGUUUUAUCCUAUAUAUCAACAAGCUCAUGAGAUUCUUUCUCAAGUAUGUGAAGAAGGUGUAUCUGAAACUGACUUAGCUGUUCAUCUUCAUUUCAAUGCAGCAACAGAUCGACGUCGCUAUAAUCUUCCCACAUCAAAUGAAAUAGCUGUUAUUUUACCUGGUGAUGGAUCGGAGCCAAAGGCAAUGCAUGACAUUGUAAUUCGAUUACGUGGAGGACCACUAGAACAUAUUCACAAAGCUCAUCCAGCAUAUUUACCACUUCAUUAUGUGCUUUUUUUUUCACAUAGAGAGCUUGGUUGGCAUGCGGAAUUGCAUCACACUUUAAUAGAUGAAUACGGACAAUAUAUUGAAGAUUAG